ACAUAAACUAUGAGUACUACGUCAUUGCAGGCCAAAUCUUAAUGGCACUACACACAACCAAAUAGCUGUAAGCUACGUCAGCCACAGUGGACAACAAGCAGAGCGGCAGAGCCCCAUUUACUAAGCAAACUCACGUCGAUUUUAUGGCACACACACACAGAGAGAGAGAGAGAGAGAGACACACCUCUACAACGAUACGAGCAUGCCAGUCUGUCUAUUUGUCUAGUUAAAGCUGCGAACAAAUAGAACACGGCAAGGCAAGUGACGGCGCCGACCCAACAACAAUAAGAACUGCUACACAGCUACAAUAGUAGAACAACAAGGACAGCUUUUCGAGGCAUAUGCGUGUAGCUUCAAGGGCAUUUCAACACACAUACACCAGCCAGUAAACAAAACGUGCCAUAUACACAAGCAACCAACCGAGUAAGCAAGCAAGCCAGGAAACCCCACACAGACGAACACAGACAGCUCACUAUCCUGAAAGCGUGCCCAACUCUGGGUGUGACUAGGCCAGAGCCAAUUUCAUCAACCACAUACAUAUGUAGGAGAUUUUGCCAUCUAUGUCUGCACACGAGUACUAUAUAUGACCCCGCCGCAUUAAAUAUACAUCAAUCAAGUGCACGACUUCCUUACGUAGCUUCUGCCACAUAUGCAGGCUUCUAUAUGUGAGCAGAUUGGCAUUCAACACGCAUUCAAUAUUUGUCAGGACUCCCUCGCAGCACCAUCUUUUUGCUUAUAAGCUUACAAGGUUCGAUUUCCCGGUCACACAGAAAUUAAAAUGGCGCGACGCAGGGGCAGCGGCAGAGGAAAAUCCACGGUUAAUUCUCGCAAGUCCGCCUUGGAAAUGUCGCGGGAGAAACUCAAGGAAGAGCCACAAGCAAGCAAAUUUGAUAAUAUGGAAAAUGCAACAGCCACAGCAAAGCAUUACAAGACCACAGCUAAACAAUACAAAAGCAACAACAAAGUGAGUAACAAUAACACACGCUUGGCGGAUAAACGCGCAGCAACCACAGCAACAAGUGGCAUCAACAACACCACUUCAGCAACAACAGCGACAGCAACAAAGAAGCAAACAUAUCGUUCGAGUGUUGAACCUGCAACAGCAGCAACAACAGCGCAGAAACAAACCCACAGCAAAGCCAACAGUAAAACAACAGGAGCAGCAACCACUGCUGAAUCAGCAACAAUAGUUUCUGGCGGCAAUAACAACAAACCCAGUACAACGAGUGCAACAGAAAGUAAAGCACAGCAAAAGUCAUUGGCUGCAGACAACAGCAACAAUAGCAGCAACAAUAACAACAAACAACACAGUGAUAAUAGUAUUAGUGAAAAUUAUGAAUUUAGGUCUAGAGAUAAAACUCAAGCUAAGAAUAUAAGUGAUAGCAAAAUGACGCUACAGCAUGUUGCAAGUGCGGCAAGCGUUGCUGCUGCCACCAGAGAGCCAAAAGCCUCCGAUGCAGUAACAGUUGGCAAUAGCAUUUCAGCAACAACAGCAACAACAACGGAUGAAGCCAAUACUGCAGUUAUGGCUGCAGCCGCUGCAGAUUGGACGAAUUCGCGUUAUUUGCACAAAAAGUUUAAACGCUUGGCCAGCACAACGGAGACAGAGACUAGUGGAAUAGCUGGCGAUAUAACAGCAGCAGCAGCAGCAGUAGCUGCAGCUACGACUUUGCAACGUACAACGUCGUUGUCACCCAGCAGUUCGUUGUCGCCACCGCCCACGACGCCGGCGCCCAAUGCUGCACAGAUUUUGACAAAUGGCCAUCAUCAUCAACAGCAGCAGCAGCAGCAGAAGCAACAUGAGCAGCAACAGCCAUUGCUGCAACAAUCACAACAACAACAACAACAAUCGACCAAUGCAGAAUUCAGUGCCAAUUUGUUAAACAACAACGUUCAUGCCUAUGUGCAACAGCCGCAACAACAACAACACCCAGCAGAGCAGGCGAUUCCAAUCAAUGCCAUGGAAAGCAAUAACAACAAUAACACCAGCGGUACACACAUACACAACAAUAAAGCAGCCAAUGCUGUAAGAACGCCUCUGAACAGUAAUUACGCGCCCAAUUCGUCAGUCUCGCCGGCGACAUUUGCACAGCAUCAGCAGCAGACACAGCCAACAAUAACAACAGCCACAGCACCUCCAGUUCCAAUUGGAGCAAUAGUGGGAAAUGGAGGAACUGGACGCUAUGCAUGUCCUUUUUGCAAUCUGAAUUGUGCCAAGCCUUCGGUGCUUCAAAAACAUAUACGCGCCCACACCAAUGAGCGGCCAUAUCCCUGCGAUACCUGCGGCAUUGCUUUUAAGACAAAGAGCAAUCUAUACAAGCAUUGCAGAUCCCGAUCGCAUGCAGCGCGCACCCGAGGUUUUGAAGUGCCUGCUGAUGCUGAUGAUGGUCUAUCCGAUCAGGAUGUGGAUGCCGAGCUGAGCAAUAGCAGUUCCGAGCUGCAGAUCAGUCGAUCGGGCUCCCCCUACGAUGAGGCCGUUGCUUCACCCACGCCCUCACCCUCGACGCUUUCAGCUGCGAAGAGCACAUAUAUGCAACAAUCGAUGCCGCAACACAUACAACAAUUGCCGCUUGGCUCGCCAGCUGCUGGCACUCUGCCACCUGCCACAGCAACCAAUAAUGCCGCAGCGGCGCACGAUCAGCUGCACUCAGCCACGGCACAACAUCGCCAGUCGAUUGAUUACAAGCCGUAUAAGCCAAAAUUUCAUAAUGCAUCGCUAUAUGCUCCCGGCACCACCAAAGAGCAACAGCAACAACAUUCGGCGACACUUGAAGCGGCACAACAUCAGCUGCAAAAGCUGCCGACGGCAUUGUCGAUAGCGGCGGCCACACAACAUCUGCCCCAUCCAACACUUUCGCCCAGCACUCACCUGAAGCUUAAUAAUCACAUUAAUUCGCAUCAACUGCAACUGCAGUUACAGCAUCAAACGCUGCUGAUGCCGGCCAGUCCAGUUGUGCUGCCACCGCCCACACCAGCUGCAUUGUCAGUCGGUGGCGCUGCCUACUAUAUGGGGCUGCCGUAUUCCGUCUCCAGUUUCCCCCCCAAGCAACCAUACUACACCCCCGCCAUGCAUCCCCAGGUCUUCGCAUUGCAGCUGCAGCACAUGCAAGUGCAGCAGCAGCAGCAGCAACAACACCAGCAACAGCAACAGCAGCUUCAUUCACCACUUCUGAAGACACCACCAGCGCCGCAAGUACAGUCGCGUCCAGUCAACAGUCAAGCGCAACCCACAGUAGCAACUUCACUGCCACAAGCCGCUCCAGUUGCAAUAGGCGGUCGUGAGCAGCAACAGCAGCAGCCGCCGCCACCUUCACAACAACAGCAACAUUACCUGCCAGCUCCACUGAGCGUAGCACCACCAACCCCACCAACUGCCAACCUGGGCAGUUUCGCUAGCGGCAUGCAAGUGAACGUGGAAAAGGUGCAGGAGCACAUUAGCAAGCUCAUCUCACAGAACGAGGCGAUUGUGGAGAACAAAGAAAUAUUGCUUCAAAAGAAAUAUCCAAAGCAAUUGAACCGUUCACGCAGCUUUAACAAUGCCAACAACACGAGCAAUACCAGCGGCAACACCACUAACAACAACAUCUCCGCCAGCAAUGCCAAUUCUCUCAAUCAUGCAGGAGCAGCAGCUGGCGACACCAAAGUCAACCUGGCCCAGGCCAUUGUGCAAAAGCAACAGCUGCAGCAACAGCAACAAUAUCAAAUGUAUUUUCAACAGCAGCAACAGCAGCAGCAGCAAUUGCGGUUGGAUGAGGCACAGCACGCACUAUCCCACAAUGGUUUGGUAAAGCGUAGCAACUCGAGCAUUGCCUAUGCCAGCAGCAAGCCAGCCGCACUGCCAGCUCCCCCACCGCCCACUCCCACGAAGCCGCAACAGCAGUCGCUACCACCGCCAAUGCCCGUUCAGACGUUGCAAUAUCGUCAGGAUCCAGCAGUCUCAAUAACGAAGGCAGAGUUGCAAUCUACGUCCGGAAACAACAACAAUAUGCCGCUCAAUUUAUCUGCUAAAGCUAAACCGGCCGUCGCCCUGCAAUCACAACCUCAGCCCCAGCAGCCAAGCAAUGCCAAUCAUGCGCCCAAGAAGCGGCAGUCUAUUGACCAGCAACUGCAGCCGAAUGUGACGUUCAAUGCGACCGCCGUAGCUGCGCCUGGUGGAAAAAUCAUGCCACCCAACAACUCAAUUAUCAAGAACCUGCUGCUGAACGCACGCGGUCUGGCCGUUCCAAUUGGCGAAGGGGACGAUGCUGUCUACUCCUGCCCCAUCUGCGCCAGCGAGUUCCGCAGCGCGGACGAGCUGAAGCUUCAUAACAGCAUAUACUGCCAAGAUGCAUCAUCCAGUGCACCUAUGAGCCCUGCCUCCACACCGUCUACUAUUUACUUGAGCCUGCCCGAACUAAAGAGUCACAUGGCCAAUUCCAAGAAUCCGCUGUCGUUAGCAAAACUCGCGUGGUCCCAGUUGAAGAUUAAGCCCAGCAGUCUGGUUUUGAGUCGUCUCAGUGCCGUUCAGUCGCCUACGCGCACCACUACUGUCACCGCUCCAUCACCAAGCAGCACUACCAGCGUUAGUGUUGGUGCAACUACUGCCAUGCCGGUCAGCGUUAAUGUUGUGGUGGCACCCAGCAUAGAUGCCAACGCCUUGCGCUUUGUAGAUGCCCCGCUGCCUUCACCCGGCCCGCUUCUCGGCAAGACGCCGCUAGUGGAUUAUGCGCAGCAAAGCACGCCCAGAAAAGAGGAUGUUGUUGUCAUAACCAAAAUGCACGAAGAUCGACAUUUUUCUGGCCUGGAUUCGCAGCCUUCGAAUGCUAAGCGCCCAAGAAAUAUCAGUGAUAACAGUUUUAGUUAUGCAUCUGGCAUGCCGCUGCUCAACACCUCCACUGAACUACACGGCGCUUUUAUGGCCGCCUCAAAUGAGCUGCCGAGCAAGAAGGAGGAACGCCUGCGCCGAUUUACCUCCUCCGGCGGCAGUAUGAUUCCCAUCUCCGAGUGCACUGACCUGGACAAAAGUCCCAAGAUGAUACGCACACCUCUCCUAUCGGGCGGUAGUUUUCAAGAGGUUUCGCCCAAGCAGAACGAUGCCAAGGAGCGAAAAUCAGCGAACGACAUACUAUCAAAGCUGCCGUCAAAUGGCAGCAACAGCUUCCUAAACUCCCAACAACAUUUUCAGUUUCCACCCAUUAACUCCAUCACUGCCUUUAACCCCCUGACGCUGCCGCCAAUAAGCAGCACCACUUCGAUUGGGUCCGAUAAAGCCAUACCUUAUGUACCAGGUAUCCCUGGUCCGGGCAGUUUAACGCCUCAACUGCCGCCAUUGCUGCCACCGCCCCAGCAACUCCAGUUGGCAGUCCCAUCACGAGGACGAAGUCCAAAUCGCAAACAACCGAGCCCACUCCUCAACAAUGCCAUGGCUGCUGGCGACCUGAAGGCUCUCUCACCAUUCGGCGGUGUUCAGAAUUUGCCCAGCGAAUUCAGUCGCAUACCACCGACGCCGGCACAGCGCAGCGCGCUCCAAUGGAACAGCAAAGUAAUCAACAACAAUACUCCAGAGGUGUCAAAGAAGCCCUUCAAUUAUUUACGCAUAGCUGACAAUGUUAGUCCUCGUAAAAGAGGCUCGUCGCCCAUGAAGGGGUCACCACCGGAGCAGGAGGUGCGUCACUUUAAUUUCGACAAUAUAAAUAAAACAAAUGAGACAACCAAACUGCCAGAGCAGGCACAUGUAUUGACGCCUCUCCAUGUGGACACACCCACACCAGCUGCUGCCGUGCCCGUUACAGGUGUUGAGGAGUCCGUCUCAGCCAGCGAGCUCAAGUCGAAGAAUAAGUUCUUACGUCCCACUAGUCUGCCUCUGAAGCCAGGCACCUUUACACCAAAACGCCAUCACGGCAUCACGCCCACCGCAAACACUCUACCUUUAAUCUCGCCAGAGACGCCGCGACCCUCAAAAUCGUGCGUGCAACUCUAUCUAAAUGGACAUGCCUACACCUAUUUGGGUCUGAAGUGUAGUACCAAAAUGUUCUACUGCACUGUGAACUGCCCGCAGCCCUCCUACGUGGCCGGCAUGCACAAGCUGUCCAUGUACAGUGUGUGGCAGGUGUGCGAGGAGAACAAUCCGCACCCGUUGGGCUUCAAGCCGAAGCACGUGAUGGCCCUAUACGACUCACGACCAAAGUUAAAUGCCAGCUUCACGAUGGCUGGAAACGCCAAAUUGCACUACGCUCUAGUUAAUAUGCAGCAAACCGUGUGUAGCACCUCGUUUCCCAGCAACCAGCACAAACUCUAUCAACAGCAGCUUAAUCAAUUGGCGGCUGUUGCGGCACCACCACCGAAAGCCCUGAACGAGGCCAAUCUGGAGGUCAAGGCUGGCGAGGAGUCGGCAUCAGGAAAAAAGGCUGUGGAUGGCGCUGGCGCGCAGUUGCUGGUUGGUGGCUAUGAAUCGCACGAAGACUACACCUAUAUACGCGGUCGUGGUCGUGGACGUUACGUGUGCUCCGAAUGCGGCAUUCGUUGCAAAAAGCCGUCGAUGCUGAAGAAGCACAUUCGCACCCACACAGACGUGCGUCCAUUUACGUGCAGUCACUGCAAUUUCAGCUUUAAAACCAAAGGAAACCUGACCAAGCACAUGCAAUCGAAAACCCACUUCAAAAAAUGCUACGAAUUGGGCAUUAUGUCAGGUCCUAUGCCCGCCGACAGCGAAUUUUCGGAGGCUGAUUUGGAAUUUGAUCAACAAUCGUCUACCUCGGCUGGUGGGCGUACCUCGUCUAUGGCGGGCGAGACAGAUUCUGACGAUUACAGUGACAAUGAGUCUGAGAGUAGUGACACGGAUGAAUCCAAGUCACGCCUCAAAGAGCACGAAGCAGCACGCGGACUGCUCUCGCUAUCCAUGACGCCGCCCAUUCCACAGAGCGUGUCACCAUACCCACCGACAAACGAGGCACCUGCGCCCGCAGCCAGUCCAGCCAAUAGCAUUGGCUCAUCGGCCGGCUCCAGUGUCGCAGGAGGCUCACAGCCCAAGCGUCUGGUUUGCUCAUUCACAUCCCCCAAGCCGCCGUUUGAUUAUCAGAAGCAGGAACAGUAUUACUCGAACCCUGAAGAGUCAAAGCCCAAGCGCAGCAGCACCAUUGCCGGUCUAACCAGCGAUGAGAGUGCGCCCAUGGAUUUGACUAAACCACGUCCAGCUGUGUCCACAUCACAAGCAACUGCUGCUGAGCUGCCGCCCAGCCUCAGUGUGGCCAAGUCGCAGGCGCAGCAAAUGCGUGAUGUUAUAUUUGGAAAUGAAGGCAAUGAAUGUGGUUUUAUGAAGACCCUGAUCUCGGUGUCGGAUAAAGUGCGCAUCUCUGCCGAAAUGGAGGAGAAAGCUAAGCACGAAAGCGAGAAUGUGUUGCUGCAAACAUACCUCAAAGAGCAGGCACUUCAGCACGCUAAGAUGAAGCAGAGCCAGUACAGUCGGAGCUACGUGCUGGAGGCGCCAACACCCAAAACGAACAAUGUGCUAGUGAGUAUGGCCAACAGCAUGGCCAUCACAUCGAGCACAAACAGCAGCAGCGGCAGCUUAAUUAGCAGUGUCAUCAUAAAACAAAAUCCAGAGACCAGUAAACCGAUGCCAGAGCUGCCGACCAUUGAGGUGCAUGAGGUUAAAACACCAGAGCCUGCGACGCCAAUAGUGGAACCUUCGGUGGUCGCACCCAACAAAAGCAACGACGAGAGCGAGGAAAGUGAAUCUCAGUCUGAUCAAGAGCUUGGAGCUGUAUCCAGUAAAAAUAGUAAAGCUAUCGUCACCACGGAAGCACCACACAAUGCGAAUCUGCCAGCAGCAGUUCAGCAACCAGAUGCCAAGGAUUUUAGCGGAGUGCUUACUAACACACCCACAAUCACUGUCAUCGUUGGUGAGGAUGGAUUCAAGAACGCAAGCAGCAAGAAUCCGGACGUGCAGAAUGUAGCAUUUGGACGUGGUGGGCCACCCCCGCCCCCAAUUGCCGGCGAUGCGCGUCCAACGUGCACCAUAUGCUCGAAGACUUUCCAACGCCAGCAUCAGCUAACUCUGCACAUGAACAUUCACUACAUGGAGCGGAAGUUCAAGUGCGAGCCGUGCAGCAUAUCUUUCCGCACGCAGGGCCACCUGCAAAAGCACGAACGUUCUGAGGCGCACAAAAAUAAGGUCAUGAUGACGUCCACAUUUGGCGUACCCACCACCUCCAAUCCGCGUCCAUUUGAGUGCACCGAUUGCAAGAUUGCCUUUCGCAUUCACGGACAUCUGGCCAAGCAUUUGCGCUCCAAGACCCAUGUCCAGAAGCUUGAGUGUCUGCAAAAGCUGCCGUUCGGAACAUACGCAGAAAUUGAGCGUGCCGGCAUAAGUCUGACGGAAAUCGAUACAAGCGAUUGCGAAAAUUCGCUCAUCUCGCUUAAGCUGCUGGCCCAAAAGUUGCUCGAAAAGGAUCCAAACAAGCUGAGUAGCUAUACAACCCCAUCAGGCAUGGUGCAGUUGGCCCAGGAUGCCGCCAGUUCGAGUCUGGCAAUUGGCUCGCAAGACAGCGCCUCCGAAGAUGGCUUUAGUGCGGCGAACAGUGCCGCAGCUUCGGCAAUCGCCUCGCUGGAUAACGACAGUGCGGGAAAUACUCCUCAGCGUGCCAACUCAAUGUCCGAAGAUGAAUCGCUUGGCAAUGGAAACGCUCUGACAAACAGCCUGAAGCGACGACUACCCAGCAGUUUCAGCAGCAACGGCGACGAAAGCGACAAUGCCCCCGAACGUGAAGCGAACGAAAAGCGUCCACGCUCAGAUCUCUUGGUGCCCACCGGACCAGCCGCUGCAUCGGCGGCGGCAGCAGCAGCAGCCAGCAACUGACAGUACAUGUACAUGUUGCAGCCCACCUGAGUGCGGCCAAUGCUGCCACAGAUGUGGCAGCAACAGUCAUCCUAUUCCAUGGGCUUUCAAUCACAAUUCCAACAAUUUCAAGAUCAAAAGCAAGUUGUGAUGAUGCAGGAAACGCCGUUGGAUUUUAGUCAAAUACCACCACAUAACAAUUAGGCACUGCCUUGAGCGCACACACACACACAAACACAGACGCACAUUUGCGCGGAAAUAUAGCGAUGAUUUGUAAAGAACGACCAAAACUCAAAAAACGAGCGCAUAUCAAAUGUCUAAGCAUAUCGCAUUUGGGCACACAACUCUACAUACACUAAAAUAUACUUACACCAUUACACAUCUACAUACAUAUGUACAUACAUAUAUAAACCUAAGCUAUGUACAUUAUGCGCUUUUGUGCGUAUGUGUGUGCGCUUCUCGGCAUAAACCCAACGCUAUAUACCCCAUAAAUAAGUAUAUACACACAAGUGUUAUUUGUAUCUAAGUAUUUAAGUAAAAGUCGUCGUCAACUCUGAUCUACAACUACUGCAAUCGUUAUAUGCAUUCAAUACAUACGUAUAUACAUAUGUAUGUAUACUUAGGCUUUUAUAAACAUGUUCUACUCUGCCUCUAUCUCAAGAAAAAACGUCACCUACAUAUACAUAAAGUAGCAUAUACUAUAUGUAUGUAUGUACAUCUACAGCGAUUUUGAAAAUUGUGAGCGUACAUAUUUCACAUAGAAUUUUCAUUUUUUUGUUUUUCAAUAUGAAAACUCCUUAAGUGCUGUGAGUCUAUCUAAAACAAAAUACAAAUAUUUUGUUUAAAGGAAACUUAUAAUUUGUAAGAUCCCUAAAUCCACCAACUACCAAAAAAACACAAAAAACAAAAAAAAUAUAGAAGAAAAAAACAAUGAAACCCCGUGCUUUCCUUUCGAAAAGUGCUUUGCAUGAAGUGAAAUCACAUAGCCUUCCUAAUUUUAAAUUGCGAUUAUUGAAAAAAAUUAUAUUGUUAUUGUGCACGAAGCAUUAACAUGUGCAUAAAUAUUUUCAUUAUUAUGUUUUAAUCUUAAAACACCGAGACCACGAGACUCUAUGAUUGUUUGUUUAAUUUUUGUGUGUAAUUAGCAGAAGAAGCCGCAAAACUAACUGAAAAUUAACAUUAUGUUGUCAUAUUAAUUAAGUUAGGAUAGCAAAAACAGAGAAAAGAAAAACAAACAAAAUAACUAAAAAAAAGAUACAUAAAUUUAUAUAAAAGAAAAUUGUUGUACAAACUGCGCUAAAGCAUAUUUAAGAUAUUAAAUAAGUAAUCGAAAAAUCAGAAUAGGCUUAGGUAUAAUAUAUUAUAUUAUAUAUUAAUAUACAAAACAAGUUAAUGUAUAUACAAUAUGUACGUGUUUAAACAAAAACAACAAAAAUGAAGUGAUUUAUUACAUUAU